ACACAGAGUGGGGACUGGCUGUGGUGUGUACUCCUGUCUGUACUUCCCCUGCAAACUUAGUUUUUAAAUUUAGUCUUUGACCGAGAGGCUCGCUGCAAAACCAAGCUAGACUCCUCAGAUCUGGAUUAUGUCUGUGUACCAGUCGGAUUUUACUGAUUUAUAGUGAAAUAACUCGUAUCUUCUGCAGGUUAACUGUAGAAUAACAUCCAGGGUGUGUCCGUGGAUUCAAGAAACCAAACUUUUUUUUAAUGUAAACUUGGACUUUUUUUCUUUGAGUGAAACCAAAGACAUAGUUGGGGGAAACCUCGAAGCCACCAUGCCAGGGAAUGGCGGAGUAUACGCGGUGAAGAGGAGGAAGAAGCCCGUCCAGAAGAUGUAAGUUUUACAGUCUAAAAAGGUCAUAUUUGGACUUCUUUAUAUGUCUCCGCAGGGUAUGCCACAACAUUAACCCACAGGCCUUUGCCGCGUGGGCGGGGUUAAAGCUGGUCACUGUCGGUGGAUCACUCACUCAUCACGAACCUUAUUUUUAUUACCGUGUAAUUACUACUGUUACUCAUCCCAACAAUCCGUCCACACUCACCUCGUGUUUCUUCAAAAACAAAGUCGGGCAGCUUGUUGUUUCAGCUCCUCUUGUGUGAUUCAGGACUUGCGGAAGUUUACCUGCAGCGAAUGUCACGCAAAGGUGGUGACGUCAGGGAGGUAAGGUCAGGUAGGUCGUGCAGGUGAUGGUAAGAGUGUGGGGUACUUGGAAAUAUAGGUUUAGUUUAAGCUGCAAGAGUUGUGACAAAAAUACUCUUCCACCGUACAUGUCACAUGUCAGAUAAUUCACAGUAAUGGUGGAGUGCAGCAUGUCAUAAAAGAUAAUUAAAUAAUUUUAUUAAUCUUUACUGGGACAGAUAGUUCUUUGGGCAGCCAGUAUACUUAAGACAAUCAAACACAGCAAACCACAACCUUAAAGGGAUAUUCCGGCGUAAAAUUGAUUUAGGGUCAAACACUCUGUAAUAUCGAGUUAGACACCCCGUCGAGAGAUAAAUGUUGACGACCGCUUGCUUCUCUAGUCAUACCAACUUAAGUAACAACCGCAGGAACGCAAUACACAGCGGUCUGAGGAGCCAUAAACAAACCUCAACCACAACGCCACUCUAUAGCCACAAAUAAUGCUCAAAACAGCACCUAACUUCAUCAACAGUACAUAUAGGGUCCCAGCCUUAGUACUAGCCACCAAACAUCUUUUUAACUUUGCCUAAUUUCUUUAGCAAAGAAACUAAACACAACUCACCCUUUCUCUUCCAGCAGCUGCUUGUUUGUAGCGAGACCUCAGGCCAGUCCAUUACGGACUACAGCGGGGUGACGCAGCUCAAGGAAGAACAUUUAUGAUCAUUUCUUCAUGGAAAUUCAAUCAGACCGAGACACUAAGGCAGAAGAACUACCGCGUCUACGGUGCAAAAUGAUUAACAUGGUGUUUAUUACUUCAAGGAAAUGAUAAAGAAAUGAUCAUAAAUUUUCUUCCUUGAGCUCCGUAAUGGACUGGCCUGAGGUCUCCUACAAACAAUCGGCUGCUGGAAGAGAAAGGGUGAGUUGUCUUUAGUCUCUUUGCUUAAGAAAUUAGGCAAAGUUAAAAAGAUGUUUGGUGGCUAGUACUAUGGCUGGGACCCUAUAUGUACUGUUGAUGAAGUUAGGUGCUGUUCUGAGCAUUAUUUGUGGCUAUAGAGUGGCGUUUUGGUUGAGGUUUGUUUAUGGCUCCUCAGACCGCUGUGUAUUGCUAUCCUGCGGUUGUUACUAAAGUUGGUAUAACUAGAGAAGCAAGCAGUUGAUGACAUUCAUCUCUCGAGGGGUUUUCUAACUCGAUGUUACAGUGUGUUUGACCCUAAAAAAAUGCACAGUAUGCCUGAAUAUUGUUCCGUUUCUGUGUCUUUGCACUUCUGAGGCCAAUACAGCACUUAAUAUUGCUUAUUAUUGCAGCUGUUACUGUGAAAACAGAUUUAAAAUCUAUAAGAACCCAAAAAUGACAGGUUAGCAGAUUUUUCCCUUGUGAAAACAUUUCAGAGGUGCUUUUUCUUCUUGCAAACUUCAAGCUCCUGUGAGAAAAUUUUACCUUUACUGAAACGGUCUAAAAUUGACAGUCAGGACUCUAUAUAAAUUGAGAUAUGGCAAAUCAGUGCUGAGAUAGCUUAUCUUAUGAAGUUGUUUUUAUUGGCUGUAAUCAUUAGGGACGCGUGCUGGACAGAGAGAUUAUUAGCAAGCCUCAGAUUUUCCAUCUUGAAGAUUUUCCCUGAGUGAUGCAUUUUACUGUAAAAGAAAGCAAGAAGAGAUCUUUGACAGAAAACACAACUGCAAAAUAAAGUAUAAUAAUAUCGUUGAAGCAAUAAAAGGCAGUGUCUUAUCUGAAUGUUUUGCCAAAAUUGAACCAAAGUCCCUGUAUAUUUUUGAUAAUUCAGAGUUAGGGUUAGGGUCAUCAAAGUACAGUAUGCAGAAAUUUAGUCAGGUUUUAGAUUGAAAUGCCCCCUUGCUCACCCCCGUUAGUGACACAAUGGUAGCCCCCCCAAGGACUAAAAACUCCUGUGAUGCAUGAUCCUCUAUCAGCAAAGUUUUUAUCAUCAAAAACAUCUAUUAACAGAAACUCAACAACCACUUUCUCUUUCUUCUUCUUCUUUAAACCCAUGCACUUGUGGCUGCCCAUGACAUCCAACAAUGCUGAUUUAUCCGCUAUGUGCCUCAGUAGAAACAUUAGAGUGCAAGAUAGUGGCAACCUGAUCCUACAUAAAUAUAAAAGGCUUGUUUUAAGUUGAAAAAAACAAAACAAAAUGAUGUUGACUUAAACACACAAAUAUUACCGUCAAUUUCUACCAAGUCUGUUCUUCUGAAAGCUGCUAAAUAGUGCACACUGCUCCAUUAACGCAGGGCUGUACUUGUAAAGGUAUUUAAUACCAGCAUUUAUUCAUUAACAUUUAUAUGUUUUUAUAGAAGAAUUGUUGUAAUAUUCUGAUUAUGCAGUUAAAUGCCGUACUAGUAAAAAUCUAACAAUAUCGGGACCUGUUAUAAUAUCACAGCAGUAAACAUUUAGUGGGUCCCUGAACACAUCCCAGCUUUUGGCGCACAUUAAGAGGCAAAAGGCGAAAUAAAAGACACUUUCCUGAACUUAUUGUAAACUCAGAUUGAAAUGUUUUAUUUUGGACACUUAAUGGGCGUCAGCCAAAGCCUGCAGCCAACAGUCUGUGAGUCAGGACUAAGUGAAACCUUACAGGGCGACAUCACUGUCUCCUGCUCUCAGUCUGUCUGAAACAGUCACUAACUUCAUAUGUGCAUCUUCAGACACUUUAAUGACCCCAUAAACAGUCAGUACUUGCAAACUUGUGAGUGAGAGCAGUUAGCAAGAUAGAGGGUGGAGCAGAGACACACACACUGGCAGACAAACAAAUCCUGGCACCUUUUUGUGGAGGUGUGCAAGUGUUUACAUGUUAUUUAGAGUGUUACAGCCGCGGUCAGUUAGAAAAACACUUAUUUCUGUGUUUUCAUUAACACUCACUCCUUCACUACCUCUCUAUGUGAUCUGACCCGUGAUGCUCCCUCUCUCUCUCUCCUGUCAUGAAUUGUUUUGUGUUGAUGAUCAGUCAAGUGGUUUCUCAGAUUUCUUGUGAUCCCAGUAGUAUCUAUAUAUAAUCUUUCAUUAGUCUGCCAUCUUUUCUUCUUUCUAAUUUCUUGACAGAGGGAAACCAAAGUUAUUUUCACUUGUCAAAUUCACCAUAGAAGCCAACUCCUCAAUCCAAACUUCACCUAGAGCUACCUAGAGCCUUUACGUUGUUGUUGACGAGUAAGACAGCUUCUUCGUACAAAGUCGACAUACACCCCUCUCUUUGCCUUUUAUUUUUCCAUCUACGGUGUACAUUCCAAAAGACUUCCACAUUAUGAUUCUAAGAUGCUUUGCUCCAUUUUUGUAGAAUAACAUUAUUGCAUUAGUUUACCAUGGUCAAGAGUGCAUUCAAUGGUCUGGUUACGAUGAUGAACUUCGUCUUUGUGUUGUAGCUGGUGAAGAUGUGAUUAAUUUUAUCAAUUUUGCAACAUCUUAAUUCAUUUAUUUUUAUUUUGUAACUUAAAUCUGCAAAGUAAAAGAGGUUAUGAGACAAAAAUGUGUAAAAGUAAAAAAUAUAUAGACGUCCCCAAGUCAGGAAAGGCUCCCCCUAAAAUUGUGACUUUUCAAAUCUGAAAACAAGCAGCUUCGUAAUCCCUGUCCACUUUUAAUCAUCUCUGACUCAUGUGAUGUUUAAAGGAUAUCCAAUAUUUCCUUGUUAGAUCCUCGUACUCACUCACUCACUCACUCACAGGAGUCAAAUUUCCUCCAAUUACCGCUUCAUCGUCCAUCUUCUGGCUCUAAAGUUUUGCUCCCUCUCCGCCGUGUUUGCGCUCCUCAUUCCUGCCCUCCUUUGUUCGCUCUCCUCUCCCCUCCAUCUCUGCUCUUAGAUCUCUGUGUGUUUAGUCAGGGAGGGAUGGCACACAGAGCUGCUGCGUGUCCCGACUUGUCAGAGAGGAAUUAUGUUGUGGUAAAUUUGUAGUAACAAUGGCACAGGCCAAGUGGAAGAUCAACAGAAACACGCUGUCACUAAAAUAUGAUGUAACCGUGUUUGGAGGCACUUUGCUUCUCCGACUCCAAAUAUCGUUCUUGUUUAGCCACGUUAGCAGACAGUCAGUCGGAAAAAAUGUAAUGUUGUUAUAAUUUCAAACCAAAACUAAAUCAUACACAGAUGGAAGAAACUCAUCGCCUGAAAUAUUGACUGUGAGCUGGUGCCGCUGUUAGCACGACUAGCUGCCAUUUCUCCUCAGAGUUAAAAACUGCCAGUGGUGGCAAGCUAAUGCCGUGCCAAGGACAUUUUUGCAUUUAUUCAUGAAACCCACAGAAGUUGAAGGGAAUGGCCUACCCUUUUCGAAAGACUGUGUGCUUAUUAGAGCUGUGCGAGAAACCGGAUUUCAAUUUGGAUUACGACUAUUGCUCCCCAGAGCGUGGGCGAGGACCCUCUCCUUGAACAGCUCUCAAUUUUACUUGAUCAGAGGCAGCUCAGAUCAACGAGAAAAGGAAGUUUGGGAGUUUGAGGAAGUUGCUGCUUCUGCUGAGAUUAAUGGUGGACCGAUGUAGCUCAAAGAAGGGAAAGGAGCAGGACUGUGUAUCCAUGUGUGUGCCUGAAAAGCAAAGGGACAGAAUGAGCCAGCUUUAACAAAUAAUUUUAAAGAGGUUUUAAAGGGAUAUUCCAGCGUAAAAUUAAUUUAGGGUCAAACACACCAUAGCACUAAGUUAGGCAAAGCUAAAAAGAUGUUUGGUGGCUAUGGCUGGGACCCUAUAUGUUCGGUUGAUGAAGUUAGCUGCUUUUUCUGAGCAUUAUUUGUGGCUAUAGAGUGGCAUUUUGGUUGAGGUUUGUUCAUGGCUCCUCAGACCGCUGUGUAUUGCUAUCCUGUGGUCGUUACUAAAGUUGAUGUAACUAGAGAAGCAAGCGGUCGGCGAUAUUCAUCUCUCGAGGGGUUGUCUAACUCAAUGUUACGGUGUGUUUGACCCUAAAUUAAUUUUACGCCGGAAUAUCCCUUUAAAGAAGGAAGAGGGGUAGGAGAGAGGAGAGCAGGGAGAGGAGUCAGGUGUGUGUAUCCAUGUGUGUGCCUGAAAAGCAAAGGGACAGGAUAAGCUAGCUUUAACGAAUAAUUUUAAAGUUUCAAAGAGGUUUUAAGUUAAAUGCAUGUGAUGAAGAAGUCCACUCAUGGGUAAUCAUCUUUAAAAAUCUUAAUAUUUACAAAUCAAAUUAUAAUCUUGAUAAUGAUUUUUGCUUUAGCAGAGCAGCCCUUGUUCUUUUGUCCCAGUAAGUCUUAUUUUAUGGGCCUUCACUCCAAACCAUCGAGCCUGUGGGUGUACGUCAUCCUCUCUCUUUAUGUGUUUUCCAGUGUUGUAGUAGCAGAGCAUGAACAACACUCUUAUCCUCCUCUGACUUUUCAACCAGGAAGUUAAAGCUUUGUUUGAUGUGGUUCAGAGUUUAUUUGGGCAGGCCUCAUCUUUCAGUAAUUCAACGCUGGAAUUUUCGCUGCACGUAUUGUUUUGGUGGUGGUGGUGAGGACUCAGAGUGACACACACACACACACACACACACACACACACACACACACACACACACACACACACACACACACACACAGGCCUCCUACAGUUCAGAGUCACUGCUUUGUUACAGGAUAUGAAAAAUCUGCCCUGAAUCAAAAAACUCCCACUUCAGCCGAAGAUGGAAAUUCCUCUAAGCGCUGCAGACUGUCAAACGGAGCAGACAUGUUUUAGCAGGCAGCAUCCCUGACACUGAAUGUAUGUCCUCUUUGUCUUGUUUUGUUUUAAAGCCCUAAGCCUCCUCCUGUGAAGACAAACCCGUCCAAAAGACACCGAGACCGCCUCAAUGUGGAGCUGGACCGGCUCACGGGCAUGCUGCCUUUCUCCGAGGAGGUCAGAAACCGCCUGGACAAGCUGUCGGUGCUGCGACUCAGCGUGGGAUACCUCAAAGCCAAGAGCUACUUCCACGGUCAGUGAGCUCUGAAAGCCACUCAGAGAAGGUCAAAUGUGUGUAAUAUUGAAAGUGAGAGAUAGUGUGUGUGUGUCAGGUGUGCAAAUAUGCUGCUCCAGACAUUUUUGUGGCCGGGCGCUGAGUGUUUGGGGUGUCAGAAAGGAAACCUGACACUGUGCAUAAUGAACAUUCGCCCCGCUGGCAGGGAAACAGGAGAGUGUGCUGCGGGGCAGAUGGAGUCUAGGCAGAGCAACAUGAGACCUGAAGACGGGAACAGUAGGUCUUUAUUCUGAUGCCGAUCAAACACACACACACACGCGCGCGCACACAUACACACAGGGUGCCUACACAGACUGUACGUUGUUCGGGUGUCAGAAUGUCCGGCUGACAUGAUGGAGUCAACUUUUCCUGAAGCUCGAGGUGUCAAAGUGUUGAACUCAUACUCACCAAAUCCCAAGUGUGGUGUUGUGUUUUGUCUUAAAGGAAUAUUCCGCUGUUUCUGACACAGACUGGAUGAACGAAGAAUGCAGCGACCAUCAUGUCACGUGUCAGUUUGUGCGAAUAAGACCAAAAUUAGGUCGGCAUUUGUUUGUUUUCUGGGGCUGGAAGUGACCAUAUUUGGAGGGGAGGGAUCGGCCAAUGGGAGCUAUCAAAUCUUCAGAGGCUGUACUCGUUAAAGGAAGUUUUUUGAUUUGUGGGAUCUACUAGAGGGAAAUGAGUUUGUGUGUGUCCAGUGUAGCUGUCUUAUCUGCUGAAGAGGUAAUAUGUGAUGCCAAAGUCCCUUAAGGGAAGGUCAAAAGUUUUAAGCUGUGUUAUUUAGGGCCUGACCGAUAUGGAUUUUUGGGGCCGAUGCAGAUACUGAUUAUUAGGGGGGAAAAAUGUAAUUACCGAUUAAUCAGCCAAUUUUAACAAUUUUUUAUGAAAUUAUAAAAAUAUAUAAACACUACAGGCCAAAAGUUUGGAAGCAAGGCUAUUACAGGCUAAACAGUUGGGAGUAACUUCAAGUUUUUGUUCACAAUGCUUUUUUUUUUAAAAUCCAGCAUGAGUUUUAUGUAUCUUGGGAUGUAUUUACUCCAUGAUCAGAUGUUGCUUUCAUGGAAAUGCACCAUUUUACUCCAUUUACCUUUAGAUAUACAUUGAUGUUAACAGACCAUUGUUAAAUAUAUGUCAGCAAAAGCUAAUGAGGGCUUAGUUUUAGGGUCGAAAACAUUUGCAAGAGUCACAACUUCAGUGCAAAAGCAAAAAAACAAAUCACAGUUGGAUUAUUCACUUCAACUUCAACAAGGCUUUUGAGAGUCUGCAUACAAAAAUCCUAAUAAAUCUCAACUACGUUCAAACUACUGCAGAAAUGGCUAGAAAGAAGCAACUGAGUAAAGAAACAAAGUACAGAUUUGUACAUUGAGGAAAGAAGGAUAUACAGAAAGAGAAAUUGAAAAAUGCCUAAAGGUGUCUAACAAAGGAGUCCACUACACUCUGAAGAGACUAGAGGAACCUGAAAGUUAUGAUGAUAGAAAAAGACCUGGAUGAAAGAGAGUUACUACAAAAGCAGAGGAUAAACAUAGCAUUGUCACCAGUAAGAGAGAUCGGCGAAAGACAGUACCACAAAUAAGGGAGGAAAUCAAAAAUGACAAGGUCGAAACCCAUAUCUCUGACAACGGUGAAAUGACGUUUGAGAAAGGCUGGUCUGAAGGGUUGUGUACCUGCAAAAAAAAACACUACCUCAUCCACAGAAGUAGAAAAAUAGAUAUGAGUGGGCAAAAGCUCAAAAAUUUCACCUAUGAAGACUAGAAACAAGUUUGCACUGUUUGGUUCAAAAGGCAGAAUCUAUGUCCGCAGACAAACUGGUGAAUGUCUGAAAGCACCAUGUGUUACAUCCACAAUUAAGCAUGGAGGUGGUAGUUCCAUGGUAUGGAGAUAUUUUUCAGGUGAUGGAGUAGGAGCUUUGUCUGAAGUAAAGAGUAUCAUGAAGAAGGAACAGUACCACUCCAUCCUCCAGCACCAUGCUGUUCCAUCUGGACUAAGACUUGUGGCUCAUAAGUUUAUUUUGCAGCAAGACAAUGACCCUAAGCACUCUGCCAAGCUCUGUCAGGGUUACCCAGACAAAAAAGAAGAGGAAGGUGUUCUUCAAAAGAUGGUUUGGCCCCCUCAGUCUCCUGACCUUUCUCAAUUGAGCUUGUGCGGGAUAAAUUGGAUCAAUCGGUCAGAAAAACGUGUCUCACGAAUCAGCAGUCUCCUUUUAAUGAACUUUAAGAAAGCUUGAAAUACAAUCCCUGGAACAUACCUUGAAAAAACUUUUGGAACGAAUGCCUGGUAUAUGCCAAGCUGUUGUUAAAGCCGGAGGAGGUUACUUUAAAGAAAGCAAAGUCUAAGCAUCAAUAACUCAAAUACCUAAUAAUUAUAAUCAAAAUGUCUUCUGAUAAGUUACUCUUUACACAAUAGUCAUGUUUAUUGUGUGUGUAAAUUAUAUUAAUGAAACUAUGAUCUUUUUUGUACAAAUCUGAUCUUGCUUCCAAACUUCUGGCCUGUAGUGUAUACUGUAGAUGCCUACAGUAUACUAUAUACUGUAGAUACACUGUAGGCUACUGCUCUUCACGCCGACUGAUCAAACUCGGACCAGAUCAGUGCCUGCUUGUCUUAACUCACGUUACUAAUUUCCGGUCUGCUCUCAUCUGGAGACAUGCAGCUGCCACAAACCGGUUUAUUUACCGUUGAGGCGGACCACUCUCCUCCGUGCGUCCCUGAGCUGCCUGCUUCAGAUCCGUCACUCUGCUGUGCUGUGAGGUAGUUAGUGGAUGAAGAUUGUCAUGAGGUCGCUGCGCCAUCUACAGGAUAAGUCGGGGAACUUUUUAAAUGGCAGAACAUUUUGUAAAACCGAAUCUUAUUCUCCACAUUUUAUUUCUGAAAAUAUCAGUGAAAAUCGGCGUGUUUUGGCCAGUUACUGAUUAGUCUUAAACUGGCUAAAAUUGGCCCAAGUGUUAUUACAUGACUUUGUAUUCCCGUCAGCAAUGCGCAGUUUUUAUGUGCAUGUGUAGCUUUUCUAUUAUCGUCUGCUGGCUCCAUAAAGUGUAGUUCAGUAGUGUUGAUAGUUGUGAGGUACAGACAGACUCACCAGUGUCAACCAGUUUGCUGAGCGCCCUCUGCUAGUCAUUAGCUGUCCUAAACUGAGAAGUCUUUUAAUUAAACCUGCUCCCCACUUUGUUUAUUUACUGACUGAUUUCUUUAAAGGCAUGAUGGUUACCUAAUGAAGGGGAAAAGCUUUAAUUAGUUGCAUGGGAAACAUCACAAUCAUAGACUGUAUAUAGAAUGGACGCCGUCUGCCUCCUUGCUGGGUGAAGCCACCCCGAGAACAGCACCCUUUGGUCAUGGGCUGCAGUAUAGGUCAUAAAUCCCGCCUCCUCCAGCAAUCCCGGAGCUGUGGACAAACUAUAGAAAUUAAUUACACAGAACAUACAUUUUUCUCCCCCCCGGUUGCGAUGCUGACAUGUAGUUACAGUCAGACUGGUUUGUGCUCAAGUCCUCUUUUUUCUGUACAGCUCCAUUUUUUAAAGUUAUUAGGGUGUUCAUGUUUUUUAUGAUUGACACCUGAUACACACGCUGUUUGAGCAGAGCAUCAUCACAGCGACUCUCCCGCCGAAUACGUACAAUGCUGCUGCACAAUGUUGGUUUCGGGAAAUGGAGAAAAAACCUGGAAUUAGCGAGAGCUUUUCAGCUUCAAAUCCGUAUCCUGGCGAAAGGCGAAGCCAAGUUGUCCAUAGUAAAUACAGUCUAUGAUCACAAUCUAUCCAGAUUUCCACACCUACAAUACAGUUCCUUUUUGUAAAGUUGGAAGUGUAAUAAUAUUUUUUUUAAAAGUUCAUUUUUAGUCUUAAGUGUGGCACAAGCUUCCUACAUCUCCCAUAAUGCUAAUGAAACACUAUCAAUUAGACACUCCCUAAUUGAAGAUAUCCUAAACUCUAUAGUUAGUCUCUAGGUUGUAUUUUUUAGAUCUAAACUCCAACUCUUGAUAACAUCACAAUAUCACCACCAGCCCAUACAGAGCCACAAACAUCAUUUAGAAACUGCUCCCUAAGGAAGAGCAGUCCUCCACAUGUCUGGUGAAGUGACCCUCUUGUGGUAAAAAGUCUUUGGAAAUUCCCUUUAACUAUCUGAACGCUCAGUUUGAGACACUAACAGAGAGAUGCCUCCACCAGCUGCUGUCUAAAACCGGCCCAAAUAAAGGCUACGUUUUAGCUAAAUUUGUACUUAAGUCCUGCCAUCGUGGCCACGGAGUCCAGCAGGCUCCUCCUCUGACUCUGUGCGUCUGUUGCUCUGCUAUCACCAGGCCGAUCACUGCUGCUGAUGGAGCAGAGGGGGGAGGCGGAGGAUCGGAGAGGGGGGCUCUGGAGCACAGUGGCACGACAUGAGGGCCUCUGAAAAGAUGGGAGAGUUUGUGAAGGGAGACGUGAACAGACUCGGUUUGUUCAAGUCUUUGCUGAGGGAGAAUGUGUGUGUUAAAUGGAGAUUUUACAACCACACUGAGUCGAACAUAUGAUUAUAUAAUCCGCAGUUAGGAAAUGAAAUAAGGAGAUUUAAAUCCACAGGACAGAGUCGGUUUAUGGGCCUAUCAGAUGAAGUCUGUAUCUGCUUGCUCUGCAUCAGGCCGUCCAACUUCAUAUUGUGAAAUGUUAUCUUCUCUCAACUUUGAUCUUCAUCCAACUGACAUCACACACAACACUGUCUUAUUUACCUUUUGAGUGUCUAAAGCUCAUGUGAUCGCAGAAGAGUCAAUGUGAGAAACCCACUGUGACAUUAUACCCAGCAGUAUUAGACCAAACUAGAGCUGCAGGACACUGAAAAAAAAACGUACAUUACAUUUUUUCCCUCUCUGCAGUAUAAAUAUGAGAGGACUACAGGGAGCUCUGAAUGGCUUGUUCAAAAAAUCACAUGAGAAUUCAGCAAGAUUUGCUCAGACAGGGAAUCUCCUUAUAAGGGCAAAUUUGUCAUUUUAGAAAAAGAAUUUUGACUAUUUUUUGCUUGGCAAUAGUGGAGGAGGCUUCCAGAGUGCUUGAAGGGAUAUUUCAGCGUAAAAUUAAUUUAGGGUCAAACACACCGUAACACCGGGUUAGACACCCCCUCCAGGGAUGAAUGUGGCUGACCGCUUGCUUCUCUAGUUAUACCAACUUUGGAAAUGACCACAGGAUAGCAGUACACAGUGGUCUGAGGAACCAUAAACAAACCUCAAACCCAAAACGCCGCUCGAUAGCCACAAAUAAUGCUCAGAACAGCACCUAACUUCAUCAACAGUACAUAUACGGUCCCAGCCAUAGUACUAGCCACUAAACAUCUCUUAACUUUGCCUGAUUUCUGUAGCAAAGACACUAAACCCAACUCACCCACUCUCUUUCAGCAGCUGCUUGUUUGUAGGCCAGGCCAGUCCAUUACGGACCACAGCGGGGGUGACGCAGCACAAGGAAAGACAUUUAUGAUCGUUUCUUUAUAAUUUCCUUGAAGUAAUAUUCUUUCUUGAGCUGCAUCACCCCGCUGUAGUCGACGGACUUGCCCGGUUGUCUCGCUACAAACAAACGGCUGCUGAAAGAGAGUAGGUGAGUUGUGUUUAGUCUCUUUGCUAAAGAAAUUAGGCAAAGUUAAAAGAUGUUUGGUGGCUAGUACUAAGGCUGGGAUCCUUUAUGUACUGUUGAUGAAGUUAGGCACAGGGAGACAACUGUACUGCACAGGGAGACAACUAACUUUCCAGAGUCCAUUGACAAGAGAAUAUCAUUAGACACCUUCAAAAGUGCCGACUCUGUGCUGUGGAGAGCUUUGAAACCUGACUAGAACAACUCUGUGAUACUAUUAUCUUCCAAAAAUGGUAACAACUGAUUGUAGACAACCUUCUCUAAAAUCUUGGACAGGUCGGGAAGAUUUGAGGUGGGUCUGAAACUGGCACAGAGGGAUGGGUCGAGGCCUGUUUUUUUAAGUAGAGGUCGUACUACAGCAUGUUUAAAAUCCCUAGGUACUGUGCCAGAGGAGAGGCUACUAUUUACAAUAUUAAGGACACUUGGUCCAAUAGUAGCAAGUACCUCUUUAAACAAGCGAGGGUGGAUGGCAUGAGUUUUCUGAAAUAUGUGAAGAAUCUGUUAAAGUGUAAAUCAUGUGAAGUUUUCAGAGGAACGACAUGAAGACAAAAUACUGAGCAGAAUAACCUCGACUCUAACCUGCCCAGUGUUGUUGGCCAAACUCGACUCUCUGUUGUUUCCCUCUCCGGGCUCUGAAUGAGUCCCAGGUGAUGCCGCCGCCGCUGCUACUGCAUCCAUCACCAAGAGCAAAGGUUACCAUGGUGAACCCUGGUUACCUUGGUGAGGGGGCUGGAGGGCGGGGAGGAAAAGGAGGAGGUGUGUGUGGCCCGAGAGCUUGACUGUUCAUGUCUGCUUCCUGUUUGUCGAUAAGGAGGGUGAAGGAGGUCACAGUGAGGUCAGAGCGGUCGUAAACUCGGCCUCCAGCUGCACUUUCUGCUCAGGGAUGUUAAAAACACCUUCUGCUUCAGUUUAGACUGGAAGUGAAAGUUAAUGGGAGCAGAACCGCAGCAAGAUUUCUCCCCAUUUAAACCGAUUACUUGAGUUUCUGUUGUUGGCUGAAGUAUAACACAGUCCACACUUUGGGCUGUUCAUUAUCUUCUCCCAGACUCUGACUGCAUACAUAAUUCAGUUUCUAAAUACAGGGUUUCUACGCAAGUAUGGAAAGUAUGGAAAUAAUUUGAUCAAUUUCCAGGUCUUAAAAAGUAAAGAAAGUGAAAAAGAAAGUAUGGAAAAAUAUCUAUGUUUCCAGACUAUUACCACAGUUCUAAAAUACAAUUUGUUAAAAUAGAAAAGUAGGUAUUUCCAAAAACAAAUGUAAAAAGUCGGGUAUGAAAAAGUAUGGUGUAGGAACCCUUUAAAUAAAAUCCCCCAAAACUCAAAUUAAUCUUCAAAAAUAUAAUUCCAAAAAAAUAUAAAUAUCUGUCAAAUCAUAUUUUGACAGAGGCUGGCAAAUUCAGAAGAUACUGACUGAAAAACUUAAUUCUUUUAAUACUAUUUUUGUCAUCCCAAACACCGAGCUGGGUCUUAGUGUCAAAUGUUGAGAGGUUUUUAUUGCACUACAGUAUUUUACCCAGAAGAUGGCGCUUGAAAAGUAAAGCAGGAAACAUCAUCAGCACUUUUUAAUGUUUAAAUGUCAAUUUAAGACGUUUUUGUCUUAAAAACACAUUUUAAAAAAGUGGAGUUGUCUUUUAUUCCAUGUGUCCAAAUAAAACUGUCAGGGUUGAUGCAUUAAAGUGUUUAAAAUACCACGGUAUGGUGUAACAACUUAGUAUAAAAUCCACACGCUUUGUGAGACUGGCAGCUUCCUGGUGUGUUUACCAAUCAGAGGCUGUCUCUAGGGCUGGGCAAUACGGCCUCAAAUCAAUUUCACGAUAUAUUGAGCAGUUAUCCUCAAUAACAAUAAAUGGACGAUAACUUCUUCACAAGCUGCUCACCCCUUCCCACAUUAACUUGGUCUACUUCAGCCGCUACAACUUUUGAACUGUCCUCCAUCUCCUCACCUGUCUUUCCCUCUUUGUUACAGACUGGAUGGAGUAGAGUCACGUCUCUGACGUAGGACAGCGUCUUAAAGGGACAUGAGACCAUAGCCUACCUACACACAUUCAAAACCAACUUUUCUUAUUUUUUUUUUUAUGACACCGAAUAAACCCAUACAGGAAAAAUGAUGUUGGUCAUUGUCGUAAAUUUCGGUAUCGGUAAAUUUUCGAUUUAUCGUCAAGCCCUACCUGUAUCUAUGGUCAGCUGACCUGUAAAGACCCAGUUAGAAGUGAGUGCAGCCUGGAACAUGCAUCACGUUCUGCUCUCUGUAUAGAAAUAGGAAAGAUAGAACUGUUUGAAUGGAUUUAUCCUAUUCAGCUUAUCUAGUAUGAGUAGAUCUGUGUAAUUUCAUCUUUAAAAGGCUGACUUUCUUGUACUUUAGUCAUUAUAGUAUUAGACAAACAAAUAUUAGUUGGACAAACAGAAUAAAUAAUUUGUUUGGAUGGAGAAAGUUUGCUAAAACGCUUAUUUUUUAAGUUACUUUCCUUAUUAAACUCUAAAAUAGAAAGUAUAAAAGCAGGGUCAUUAUUCUUGUUCCUCUCUCUGCUGUUUCUACAAACCCCAAGGAUUGUGGCCCCCUCAUCGGGCCCCCCUCUUGUGCACCCUUGUUUGGCAAGGUGCGCUGACUCUGCGUGUGAACCCUCUUCCUUGAAAACCUCCACAGCAGCGAGCAGAGGAAGAAGACAGGGGAGGAAGGGAAGGGAAGGGAAGGGAGGGAAGGAGGAAAGGAUGGAAGUGAAGGGAGGAAGGGGGUCAGAAUACAGAUUCAGGAUCAAACUUUUGACUCUAAAAGUGUCCACUUUGUUUAGACCGUGACGCCUCUCUCUCUGCUCUCUGCACAUUGUGUCCUUUCGUCGGGCUCCACACCGAGUCAACCUCUGGAGGACUUGUUGAUGUGUUGCACCAGUUUGAGCAGAUCCCUGGAGUCGGUUACAGUUCGUGUUGUAAUAACAAACUAGAGAUUCUUUCAGCUGCCUGAGUGUGGAGCAAGCCGCUCUUGACCGAGAUGACAGGGCAAAUUCCUGGGACGAGAGGCAGAUCCAGCGGGUUUGUUUUAAAAAGGGGAGGGAGGGUGGAGGGAGGGAGGGUUGGGAAGUUUGUUAGCGUGCCAUAGAGUCAUUACUGUAGGGAAAGGAAAGGAGGUAUUACUUAACUGAAUGAAUGCCAGCGAUCACAGAUUAGAUUACACAAGAUUUUGCUGAAAACUCACAUCAGAAAAAAACACAGUUCUAUCCUGUUUGAGCAAAAUAAAACUCCUUUGUGCGAGGGUUUCUCUGGAAAGUCCCGCUUUUCUGCUAGAGAUGUUUUCAGGCUUCGAUCUGUGAGCUUCUUUAUGAAUGCAUCAAAAAUGCUUAGGCGUGAAAACAUGCUCUGGUCGCACUCAGCCUGUAGGACGUCACUGAUACUUUGUCCUGCAAAUAAACCGGUGAAACUUUAGCAGGGAUGCAGCAAAGACACAUGUAGAGAGUGUGAGGCAGAAACACUGGAUACCCUCUGACUUUGGAGAGCAUUUUAACGCAUGAAGGGACGAGUUUAAAGCUCCAUUGUGUAAAAAUGAAACAUCUACUGGCUGAAAUCUGGUCAGAACUGAACAUAUUAGUCAAAGAGAUUAGGAAUUGUGAUGUUUUUGUCAUCUCAAAUAGAGUCAGAGAAUGUAAAUGAUCUUGCCUCUGCCUGCUUGAAACUGAAACUGUUAAAUUUGCAGGGAAGAAGAAAAUCUAUGCAAAACAUCCAAGGAGCUCUAAAAAAACAUGAUUUUAGAUUUGAUUAAUGCCUGAACCUCACUGAGAAUCAUCGUCUUAGCUUAAAAUAUCAAAUAUCACUAAAACGGACUCGAUGUUGGAGAUUCACAGCUCUCUGUUGAUCAUUUAAAGCACCGAGAACUAAAACCUGAACAUUAAUAUAGAGUCUUAGAUCAUGCUGUGUCAGCAGGAAUGGGAGCAUUAAACUGGGCCGUGAUGGUGAAGAAGGAGCUGAACCUGAAGGAAAAGCUGAAAUGUCGUUUUAUUCUGUGGUUUUUAAAAAAAACAUGCUCUUAUUUUGAAAUGAUGGUAUAUUUAGUGUCAAAAAAUAAAUACAUAAAGGUUGGUUUUGGAUAUGUGUAGGAAGGCUAUGGUCUCAUGUCCUUUUAGGACGCUGUCAUGACUCCACCCAAUCCAGUCUGUAACAUAGAGGGAAAGACAGGUGAGGUGUAUAUGUAGCCAUCUUGUUUACGCCUCCGAUUUAGCUUUUUUCCGACUUGGUAACUGAAACGUGAAGUUAAUGUUUGAGGGGUGAGCAGCUUGUAGAGUUGUUAUUGUCCAUUUAUCGUUAUCGAGGUGAACUGCUCAAUAUAUGGUGAUAUUGAUUUAAGGCCAUAUCGCCCAGCCCUAAGCUACAACAUUGUUUUAUUUUCUGUUUUUAAAAAAGGUGCUUUUAUUUUGAAAUGAUGUCUACACUUUUCCUAGUAGGUCUGAGUUUUUUAUACACAGACUGCAGAGUGUUGUGGAAGGAAUUCAUGUCCAGUCUGGACCUCGGUCCCUCAAGAGGAGCUGGAAAUGUGGAUUUAGUGGAUAAAUCAGAAGUGACUGUAGAAAAAUAGUCAUUUCUCUCCCUCUGUUACGUUUUUAUUUAUUUUAAAACAUCACGCAGUGUUUUUCUGUCUCUCUCUUUGUACAAUAAACUUUGUCACUCCUGCAGUCCAGGACACUCAAAAUAAAUGUUUUCAGACAUUUUUCUGACACCUUUGUUUGUUUUGUGUCUUGCAGCAGCGCUCCAGAGGAGGUCAGCUCCUCCUGUCACUGCAAACGGCAGAAACGGACAGUCAGUGUCUCUGGAUGGAGUCAGCUUCUCAGAGGGAGACCUCCUCCUGCAGGUGCAAAAAUAAUAAAACCUUUCAUUCAUGCGUGCUUUGCUUUGUGUUGUCGGUGUGUGGGUAUCAUCAUAUUGUUUUGUUGUUGUUGUUAUUAUUUCCUCAGGCUUUAAAUGGCUUUGUGUUGGUUGUGACAACUGAUGGCACAAUCUUCUAUGCGUCACCAACCAUUCAGGAGUUCUUGGGCUUCCAUCAGGUAAAACUAUGACAUCUAGAUGAGUCAGUAUAUUCGACCCUGAAAUGCAGAGAAGUCAAAGUCUGUGGCUUUAUUAAAUAAACCGUCUUUCUUCUGCCGUCAGUCGGAUGUGGUCCAUCAAAGUGUGUACGAUCUGGUUCACGUGGACGACAGAGAAAUAUUCAAAUGUCAGCUCCACUUCGCCCUCAACCCCAACCAGAAUGACUCACAGCAGAGAGCAGAAGGUAAAAACUCGUCAGACUCCACCUUUGGGGUCCAGAAAGAGGUUUGGAUGCUGUGAAAAAUGCUGACAGAUACUAUGUAAUGAAGGAUAAUCUGAAGUUGAUGUUUUUUCCUCUACAGACGGACAGUCCAGCAGUAAAGUUUCAUGCAGCUCUAUGAAUCUGUUGCCUCGGUACAUCCCUCCUGAAAACUCGUCUUUCUUGGAAAGAAGCUUCUGCUGUCGACUCCGCUGCUUAUUAGACAACACCUCCGGGUUUCUGGUAAAUCAUCAUCUUUUAAUCCAUGACUGACAAACAGAAUUACGGAAUAAAAACACGAAAUUAAGUUUUGAAUGACCUCCUCAAAGCACUGUGUGCCAUUUCACUUUAUGAGGACCAUCCGUGGAGCUCUGUCUCAACCACAACUUGAAAUGCAUUUGUGUAGCUUCAUGAAUGUGUGUUUUCAUCUCCUCACCUCCAGGCUCUGGACUUCCACGGCCGUCUGAAGUUCCUCCAUCUCCAGGGAAGCACUGAGGCUGAUGGGACUUCUGUUCCUCCUCCCCAGCUGGCUCUGUUCGGCAUCGCCACGCCUGUACAGCCUCCUUCAGUCAUGGAGAUCCGGACUAAGACCCUUAUCUUCCAGACCAAGCACAGGAUGGACUUUGCCCCCAUGGGCAUCGACACCAGGUGGACAUUGAGAGAUCUUUAUGACUUCUCCUGGACCCAAAGUCAGUGCUUUCUUUAAAGGUGUGUUGUUGUUGUUUCUUCUCAGAGGGAAGGUGGUUUUAGGAUAUUCAGAGACAGAGUUGGUGACCACGGGCUCUGGAUAUCAGUUCAUCCACGCUGCUGACAUGAUGUACUGCGCUGACAAUCACCUGAGGAGUGAGUCACUCCACCUGAUCUGUACUCUUAACAAACACUUUAUACGUCUCUGCUCUUUAACGUUACUGCUGUGUCCACCUGCAGUGAUCAAGACUGGAGACAGCGGCUUCACCUUCUUCAGGCUGCUGACGAAAACAGGACAGUGGCUGUGGGUUCAGGCAAAUGCCAGGGUCGUCUUCAAGGGAGGAAAACCAGACUUCAUCAUCGCUCGUCAGAAAGCCCUGACGUAAGCUUCAGCUUCUUUAAAUAAGAGAUUUUCUAACAACAUCUUUUGAGUCUUUAAUGAAAUAUCUGAGGAACAUCUGGAAGGAGAAUGUUUGAAUUUUGCCCAGAUGUCUGUUAGGGAGGAAGGAUGACAUGGUUUGAUUUUGGUGUUUGAACAUUAAAGGGAUAUUCCGGCGUAAAAUUAAGUUAGAGUCAAACGCACUGUAACACCGAGUUAGACAUCCGUCGAGAGCUGAGUGUUGCCGACCACUUGCUUCUCUUGUUAUACCAACUUGAGUAGUAGAUAUCAAUACAGAGUGCCACACGCUCAACUAAAACGCCACUUUAUAGCCUCAAAUAAUGCUCAGAACAGCACCUAACUUUAUCAAAAGUACAUAUAGGGUCCCAGCUAUAGUACCAUCCACCAAACAUCUUUUUAGCUUUGCCUGAUUUCUUAGGAAAAGAGACUAAACACAACUCACCUACUCUCUUCCAGCAGUCGCUUGUGUGUAGUGAGACCUCUGGGCGAGUCCAUUGACUGCAGCGGGUGAUGCAGGUCAAGGAAGAACAUUUAUGAUCAUUUCCGAGAUGCUAAGGCUGAAGAACUACCGUGUCUGCAGUGCAUAAUGGUUAAUAUGAUGAUUAUUAGUUCAAGGAAAUGAUAAAGUAAUGAUCAUAAAUGUUCUUCCUUGAGCUGCACACCCCCGCUGCAGUCGAUGGACUCUCCUGGAGGUCUCGCUACAAACACACGGCUGUUGGAAGAGAGUAGGUGAGUUGUGUUUAGUCUCUUUGCUAAAGGAAUCAGGCAAAGUUAAAAAGAUGUUUGGUGGCUAGUACUGUGGCUGGGACCCCAUAUGUACUGUUGAUGAAGUUAGGUGCUGUUCUGAGCAUUAUUUGUGGCUAUAGAGUGGCGUUUUGGUUAAACGCAUGGCUCUCUGUAUUGAUAUCUGCAGUCGUUGGUAAAGUUAGUAUAACUAGAGAAGCAAGUGGUCUGCAAAAUUAGUCUCUCGAGGGGGUGUCUAAUUCGGCGUUAUGGUGUGUUUGACCUUAACUUAAUUUUACACCGGAUUAUCCCUUUAAUGUAGAGGAAGUCUGAGACCAAGUCCGUUCUGAAAUAUUAUAGGUCACGCAACAUCGACUUGUGUGACCAGUUACAACAAGCUUUUACUGAUUCUAGUACUCCUGCAGACGAGCUCCUUUAGAGAACACGGCUUGCAGCAGUGUGACCCACAGAUGUUUAUGGAUGAAGUCAUGGACGGCGUCACUUUAUACUGAUGUAAACAUUCAUCGUACUGAGACUAUCCUGUCCUCCUCUGAGCUGCUGGUCCGAGACAAAACAUGGCUCCACUAAUGCAAACAUUACGCUGAGGAUAAGUCCCAAAACACGAGCAGAGCGGGAACAUGAGGACACUGAGACUCAGUGGUAUGAGUCCAGAAUGCCUCAUGUGACCUGUGCUGCACACAGCUGGAGCAGUUCUUACCUCUGUUGUGCAUCAUCCACCUUUAAUUUGAUUUGACCCCUGACCUUUACUUGUCUCCUUUCUUUUCUUUAGAAAUGAAGAAGGAGAGGAACACUUGCAUCAGAGGAGGCAGCAGCUUCCCUUCAACCUCGCCACCGGCGAAGGCGUCCUCUAUGACAUCACCCUCGAUGCUUUCUCCAUGUCCGGUUCUCCUGGCUCCGGCGCACCAGGCCCUUCGGAGCCCACAACAGAGAAACCCCUGGACCCCGCCUCCAUCCUUGGAUCUCUUCGCCGUCAGGACCACUCGGUGUACACCCAGCCACAGAACCCCAGUCCUCAGCUCUCCAUCUUUGACCAGAUGGAGGACCUCGAGUGUGAUCAGCAGUCGUUUGAACAAGCCUUCCUGGACAGCCAUGCUCUGCUCAGUGUUCCUGAGGGACAGAUCCAGGCUUCUCAGAAGAGGUCCAUCACAGGGGACCUCACCUCAGACGCCAUGAUUGACUCACUGGAGCAGAUACUGGGGGAUAUCGGGGACGGAGUGAUAGAGGAUCUUGAAGUUGAGGAGUCAGAGCUGAGGAACUGGGAAAACACGCUUGUUGAGGUGAACAACAAGAGACAGGAUGCUUCAAUGGACAUCAACCGCCUCCUGGCAAAUGACGUGUUCUCGUAUGUCGAGGAGGCUCUGAGGAAAGAGACCGGUGGAUUUGUGCAGGUUUCAGAUCCGAAAUCUCGGGUAUCCAAUCACGUACAGCUUCCUGGGUCUGUGUUUUCAAAUAAUGUGCAGCCCAUGACACAAAGGACUUCAGGAUUUGCAGAUCAGACUCAAAUGGGAGACGCUUUUCUCGGUGUUGAUUGUUCUGGACCAAAAGGUGCGUCUCAAAUGGGGUCAAACAGGGCGAAACCCUCACAGUGUCGCAACAAUCCACAAGGGCACACCUCGAUGUGGCCUCAAAGUGGCAGCAAUCAGCAAUGUGGCAACCCAAUGAUUUCAACACAGUCAUUCUUUGCGGUUCAAUCACAGCCUGACAUGACUCAAGAGGCCUGGCUUCCACCUGCCCAAAACACGAUCCACCGACCUGGUUCAGAAGUGAUGAACCAGAGAGGACAAUACAGACUGAACCACGGCGGCAGCUCACAGCAGACAUAUGUGGGGCAACCAUUUCAGAGCCCUUCAGCGUGGCAACAACAGCAGCUGCCGCAACAUUUUCACCACCACACACUGACACAUUCCUCUCACACACCAGGCAGCGUGAACUCGACAGCUCAGUCAUUCCACCAGCAAAUGCAGCGAUUAUCUGGCAGCUGCAUGUAUGAAAAAAGAGAAGGUCACAUACCCAAUGCUGCUACUGUUCCUAACAGACAGAACGGACCUCUCCUGGGACCUACAAGAUCCAAAGGACCCACACAUGGUGCAGGGACGAGCACUCACGCUCCCUUCACCCUUUCCCAUCCUUGUGUGGCGGUCGGAGUCGUAAACCCGGGGACGGUGCAGCCCCCAGGCUCUGGCACAUGCAUGAAUUCUUGUAGUGAUGUCGGGGACAUUCACUCCGGAGACAACGCUGGGACGUCUCAGUCAGAGUAUCCCAAUGGAAACGGAUCAUUACAGUCCACGUUCUUCUGCUGGAAUGGGGAAGCGCAGGUAAAAUAACAGCUAUCAGGAAGAGCGUUUCAGUAAUUUCAAGCUAAUUUGGGAAGGAAAUUAAUGUAAAAUGUAAUCAUGACCAAAGCCUGGCUCAGGUUUUUUGGAUCACUGCUGCGAGAACUUCCCAACUGUUUGUGCAGAUGGUUUUAAUUUGUCGCGGGAAACACACAAAGGCCUCAGGCGGUUCUUGCCCUGUUUAGAUAAGCCUCUCCUUCAUUUCAGCUGUCCCAAAACACAUCCAGUUGUGAGGCGAAAGGAGUCAUUUCAGACGUCAUAUUCAUUGUCUGCACAGUCUUUAGGGACCGGCGGUUGGAGGACUUCCAAGAUUUGAAUGUGCAUGAAACUUUCUAGGUUUUAGCUUCACUGCGUUCAUGACUUACAGAUUAAAGUCUGUAAGUCAUGAACAUCUAACCAUCUUUGCUUCAACAUGCUAAAGAAUGUUUUUUUUUUACAACUUCCAAACUCUUCUAUUGAAAAAAACACGGGUUUGUCUUUUCUCUAUAAUUUUAAUUUACUUUAUGAUUGAGAAGUAUGCCCCUGGUUCUUUUAAAAUGAAAGCAUUCUGUAAUGGAACCAGUGGACAUAGUUCAAUAGUUAAAUGUAGGGCUGAAAUGAUUCCUCUAGUACCUCGAUUACAAAUAAUGAUCGAGGACUUUUCGUGUACUCGUUAAUAAGCUCAAAUCGUCAAAUUUUCAAGGUGACACAAUGCGCUAAAUGUCACCAUGAUAGAAGGAGGAGUAAGUACGGUUUUGGUGUUGCGAAGCGGGAAAUACGAAUGAUGAGAAGGGGCUUUUCUUCUGCAGAGCUCCAGCAGCUCAUUAGCACUUCACCUCUGAGUCUUGGGUGGAGACAGCGCUGCUCUGCACACUCCUCUUCAAGCUACCUUGCAGCUUAACAUUGCCGGUGUAGUCGCAGAAGCAGGUAACACAGGCGAUAUUCAGCUCUCGGACACUAAUGUCUUUUGAGGCAUGAUGAAAGUUAAUAUCAUAAUUAGCAUUCUUACGAGAGUUGCAAUCCGCUAACGCACAUGCUUGUUCCGCGAUUAUCCUCUGUUUCUCCAAGUCUGGCCUUCAUAGUGGGGCUCCAGGGUUGGAGCUUGGAUUUGUGACAUAGGAAAUCUCACUGUAAGCUAUGUAAAUCUGCCAUUUGGGUCCGAUUAUUCGAGUAAUCGAUGGAAUAUUCGGUCAAAUACUCGAUUACUAAAUUAUUCGAUAGCUGCAGCCCUAUUUAAAUGUAAAACUGUGGCCAGAUAACUAAGCAGCCUCUCCUUGUUUCCACUCUCUACAGUAAGGUUAAGAUACGAGCAGCCAAACGGAAAUCCAUAUGUGGUUCAUACAGACACGAAAGUAAGAUAUUGUCAUGUUGCUUCAAAUCUUCAUUUAGAUCAGAUAAUGACCAUAAUGCCUGCAUUUUUCCCCCCACAGAUGUCCAACGGUUCCCUGAAUGGCGUGGAUGACUCGUUUGCCUUUCCUGCCCUUCCCCCUGGGAACAUCAACCUUUCCCAAAACAACGGGCCACAGCCGCCUCUGCGCUGCCCUCAGAGACUCUGAUGGCCUGGCAGAUAUGGGAUGAUGAGGACUUUCCCUUCACGGAUACUUAUAUUUUAAGGAUGUUGUGUCUGCUGUGGCUCACCAAAGACUACGGACCUUCUCAUUUCAAACUUUUCUGCAUUACAACCUUUGGACAGUGAUGGAGGGGAAAGUAUCUCCUCUGUUUUUUUAGAUGUUGAACCUUGACUCCUCAAAUAUUUAUCUGACUAUCCUUAUCCUGUUAUCGGCUGUCUACAUUUACUCUGCUGAAAGCAACUAACCAUUUUGUGAAGAAUAAAAGCUGGACCCAAGUGGAUUAAUUUUUGAACUAUUCACAAGAACUCUCGACUGUCUGUAUCCUGUAACAUGCCGGGAUGAAAAGGCUUUCGCUCUACAAAUGGAGGAUUUUUUCACAAUGUGAAUCUGGGAACUUACUCUUCUGUUAACCUGUCAAUAACCAGUUUAUGCAGAUUAUAUUUCUGUAUUUCUUUAACUGGCAUUUAGGGGACACAUCAUAGACUUUAAAUCAACUCACUGAUUGUAAACUUUCAUGUUUAUACCCAACUCUAGACUGGAGCAAAUGUUUGUUUCCAAAUAAGUAAAUUCACCCAAACGAAGUCAAAAGAUAGAGUCAAGUUUGUUUUAAAGCAACAUACAACUGUCCACAUUUUCCUUGAAACAGCUUUGGCUGCCUUUAGUGUGUGUCCUCCGCUUUAUAAAUGGAAGCGUAUUCAGUGUAAGUGAGGGAGAAUUCUUUAAGCUAGAGUGAGUAUCCGUCUGUGCACACCUCAAGUGUUUCCCUCACAGACAAUACCCUGGCAGGUCGCCCAAGUAUAUUUUCAACUGCACAAGUAAAACCACCCAGCAGUUUUACUUCACUGUAUGUAAUCAGUGGUCAGUAUGUUUACAGGUUGUUCAGAAAAUCAAUGUAUCGCCUCAGUGGACUUUAGAAAUACAUGUAAACACUGAAGUCUGACUGUGAAAUCACACUAAAUCAAACUUCUCAUAGUUGGACUAAUGUACCCAGAUAAUGCAGUUGGGGAUUGAUUUUCUCUUGCAUAAGAACGCCUCUGAAACUGACCUCAGCAGUCUGUGCAUGCCUCAUAGUUUGUGUGGUUUGCAGAUAAAAAGUAUGAAUGUGUUGCGAGAAAACUGGUUAGUAAACAAAACCUCAACAGACUAAGAAAGGACCUAAAAAGACAAAGCUGUCAUAUCGUACAUAUGAUAGAUGCAGAGCUGUAAAGUUGUUUCAUUGUUCCAUGUGCAACCUGUUAGCCCCUUGUUAACAGGUUUGUUGAUUGUUCUGGUAUGAUACAUAAACCAGAAGACAGCCUAGUAGUUAUGACCUGAGAAGGGUAAAGCCAAAAUUAGCACAUUAAGAAAUGGUGUAUCUGAUUAUUUCGUAUGAAAAUAAGCAGCAACCAGAAACUGUUUCAAAGUACAAAUGGGGGCUUGUUCACAUUUGAUGACAAACUUCUAAAACAUGUCCUUUAUCAAGAUUUAUUAGGUUUAAGGGUAAGAUUUCCAUGUUUGUAUAUUCCAAAUAGAGACGCAGACAAUAAUAUUAAAACUUGCUGCUUAUCUGACAUUUAAACUGACACAAAAUAAUCACAUUUUGAUUUUAAAUAAUCUUGUAAAACAUGGUUCACAAAUGAUGAAGUAUUGCUCUGUAUAAUGUGUUUCACUGGGCCAUUUCCCCUCACUAAAAGCACUGAAGCAGCAUUCAUGGGCAGUAAAUGAGCAUUGAAAUUUGGAGGAAACAAGUACAUUGGUUUCCUGUUGACUUUUAUGAUGCCAUAUUUUACUGUGGUUCACUGUGUUGUAUACAGGCACAGGAGAAUAUUUAAAUGUUAAUAAAACAGUGAUAAACACUCAAAAAGGUCCUUAUAGAUUCUGAAAAGGUUUCUAGAGUGAAUUGGAGUAUGUUUUAUAACAUUUAUUGGUGUUUAGUACAUAACUGUUGCAAUUAAAUGUUACAUAAUACGUAUCUCUGAGCCCUAAUCAGAAUUUAUAUAAAGCAGUAAUAGAUAAUUGUAUAUAUGUAAUGUUUUCCUCUGUUUUAGCAUGAUGUGGGAGAGACGGCAGCUCCAGUGUUCAUUGUGAUCAGAUCUGAACUGGGGAGUAAGAUUCGAAAGUCUGAUAACAUACUGUAUAUUCUCAGUUAAAAUCCUGCAUCAAUGUCAGCUGUAUCAAAGAAGAACUUUGUUUCCCUCCUCAAAUCAAAUCAUAUUCAGAAAUGUGCAAAUUUAUCCUUUUACCUGCAGGAGACGGCCAUAUUAUUGUGCUUGUGUAAUUAUCAGAAACAGUAUAGCUGCUUGUGUACCAGAUAUAACCAUUGAGGACAAGUUUAAUUUAUUUUGCCAUUAAAGAACUGUAACCGCUCA